UCGAUCAGUUCUUGGUGAAUAGUUGGCAGGCAACAGAUGCAGCAUCAGCCCCAUGCUGCAUCCACCUAGGCUGUUCUUUAAAGUGAUUUCAUGUUCUCCACCUUCCGUCUUCUAACUGUCAGCACCUCCCUCUGCCUAUUUCCCAAAGUCAUUGCUCCUCCUUGCUCUGUAAAGUCCCUUCGCCUUUACUUUCACUUUCCCUUCAAAGCUGAAACGUCUAAAGUGUAAAGAACCGAGCAGACAGACGGUACCGGGGAUCUGUCUCUUCAUCCACAAUCUGAUCCCUCUGCAGUAAUAAUGGCAGACGUUGAACUUAAGCAGGAAGCCAUACAAAAGGUACAAGGAUUCCAGAAUCAGUUUUGUAAGGAGGCGAAUGAGCUGAUCUCAGUAGGAAUUCCACAGAAGAUUGCCGACCUGGACAAGUUUCUCAGUUCUCCGGAGCUGAAUGUUUCUGAUUUGACAACACUGAGAGCUGAGCUUGAUAUACCAAUACCAGACCCCGAAAAAGAGAAGGAAAAAGAAAAAAAGAAGAAAGAAAAAGACGAGAAAGAAAAAGACGAGAAAAAGAAAGAUGAUGAUGAAGAGGAGAAAGGCCCUCCAUGUGGCCCUGUUGCAUGCAAUGAGAAGAUUAGAAGUCUACAAAAAACGAUCAAACAUGAAAUACAAGCGCUAAAAGAAAAUCUGAAUAUGGUUACCCUUUGGCUGCAACUUCAGAUUCCUCAGAUUGAGGACGGGAAUAACUUUGGAGUUGCUGUUCAGGAAAAAGUGUUUGAACUGAUGACAAGUCUUAGGACCAAGUUAGAUGCAUCCCAAACCCAGAUAUCCAAGUAUCUUUCUGAUCGAGGAGAUGCAGUGGCCAAAGCAGCAAAAAGUCCCCAUGUGGGCGAUUACCGCGCUCUAGUUCAGCAGCUUGAUGAAUCGCAGUACUCUGAGCUCCGGAUCACAUCUCUGGAAAUAAGGAACUCCUAUGCCACAAUAUAUGAUGUCGUCACCAAGAAUUACAACAAGAUAAAAAGACCACGUGGGGACACCAAGCGUCUCAUUUACUAAACAAAAGCUAGACUGUCUGCUUUCCUCUCUGGUGUAGCUUAGAACUAUAUUUUCUGUAAUAUCCUCAAGCAGGAUAUGUGAUUACGUUGUUUCCACUGAAGAAUUGUUUAAUUUGACAUUUGAUUUCAUUGAGUUGAUGGAAGCACAUAAAGUAAAUAAACAUUAUUGAUUAUGAAAUAAA